UAAAGAUGAAUUAUUGGUUCAAGGGAAUGCGUAGUAAGAUCGAAAAGAUUGUCCGAAAUUGUAUUAGCUGUAUUCUGGCUGAGAGAAAAUCUGGAAAACAAGAAGGCUGCUUACAUCGCACGCAAAUAAAGACGAAAGAAGAUCUCAUACUUAAGGAUCUUCUUGAAGAAGAAGAAGCUGCGGCAUUUUUAGAGAAACGUAGUGAAACGCGACGACAAGCAAAAGAAGCAAUCGCUAAAAUUCAGGAAGAAAUCAAACGGAGCUAUGACAGAAAGAGAAAAGCACCAAGUAUAUAUAAGGAAAAUGAUUUGGUUGCCAUUAAACGGACACAAGGCGGACCUGGUCUGAAGUUUGCUGCGAAAUAUUUUGGUCCAUAUCGGAUUAAACGAGUUCUUCGGAAUGAUAGAUACAUAGUGCAGAAGAUUGGCGAAGGAGAAGGUCCUCGUAUGACAUCCUCGGCGGCGGAUCACAUGAAGCCCCAAAUAAACACGAUAUUGGAAGAAAUCGUGACGCAAGAAAUUUGCGAAACACAGAGCGAAUU